ACCGGAAUCGAGGGGCUGCGGCGAAACCGCGCGACGCUGUGCCUUCCCCUCCGCUUUCCGUCGCGUUCACUUCUUCCUCCCUCGAUUACUGCACUAAACAUAUCCCCGUGCCUCCUUUAGCAACAGCGCGAAGGGUUUUUUUUUUUUUACUCCUCCUUCGUAUUAAAGUCGCCAUUUUGCUUCACUGCCUAUGAAAGCUUCUUGUAUUUUCAUAUUUUUGGCGGCGUUUCUGCGUUUUCGUGCGCGUGCUUUUGAGUUGGAUUUUAAUGAGAGAGCUCGUGGAUUACAUAUUAAUGAAGAGGGGCGCCGAGUGCAGUCUGGAAACACGGUGAAAGUGUUCGGCUCGUGGGCAUUUGCAUCGGCUUGCUCUUUUUUCUUCCUCCUCCUUCUUCUUCAUCACCUUCCUCCGCGGACACGCACAGCGGGGGCCGCGAGCGUGGCUGCCGACCGUGACGCCCGUCUGUCCGCGACCCCCCGCGCGUCAGGUGCGUUUGCCAUGUAAAGUCAAGCGGCGCGACGCGAGAGUAAAGGCUACAGCCUGACCCCACGUGGGUGACCCGCUCACCCGCUCACCCGCCAGUGUUGGGUGGCUUUCCAGGCAUGGACACCUCCAGCGGUGCCCGGGUGGUGAAGCCUUCCUCGGGCUUGUCAAAGGGGCGCACCGCCAAACAGGCCCACCCCGCAGAGACGGCUCGAAUGGGCAGCGCUGAAAACGACAAUCACGGUUCCUCCUAUAAUGAGAAAUCAGAGGGUAAGAAGAAAGGGCGCCCUCGCGUGGAGGUGCAGGAGCUGCGCAUUAUACCCGCCCAUAUGAUGGUUCAGUGGAAAGAAGAGUUUAAGAGUCGUUCCAGGGUGAAAUGUCCAUGCUCAGGCUGCUGGUUGGAAUUCCCCAGUAUUUACGGACUUAAAUAUCACUAUCAGCGAUGCCAAGGGGCGACCAUAGCAGAGAAGCUGAGUCACAGAUGCCCGUACUGUGAGGCUGUGUUUGCCACCAAGGUGCGUCUUCAGAAGCACAAGCUGUGGAACCACCCAGAAAGAGUCACCAUGGAGACCAAGUCCGGGGUCACCUUGGAUGCCAAAUCCGAUCCCAAGUCGGAACCCAAACAGCAGAAAAGCCCCGUGAAGGGAAAUGCCAAAAAAAGGCCCGUGGAGAACAGCCCUCCGUCACCCGUAUUUUUCAAGGUGAAGAAGACCCAGGAGGUGUCUCGGCCCUCACAGAAUGGGGACUGCGCCCCCCAAAGGUCGGACAGGAAACAGCAGCAGGGGACGUCCAUAGACGCGGGGGGCAGUGAGAGCGAGGGGGGUAGUUUACCUCCACCCUUCCCUGAGGAGGACCCUGAGAGAAUGAAGCACAGGAGGAAGCAGAAAACUCCAAAGAAGUUCACCGGGGAGCAGCCGUCUAUUUCAGGAACAUUCGGUUUGAAAGGAAUGAAUAAGGUGGAGGAGAAGUUGAAAGCGGGUCGGAUGAAGAGGGCGGAAGGGGCUCUGUUCACUGAGGAGUCCCAGAGGAAGCAGUCGGUUCAAGCCUCCGCCAGAAAAGAAGCUGCUGUUAUUAGUUCAGCUCCACCUGCUGAAGCCCAGUGGCAGAAUACCAUCUCUGAGAGAGGGGAAGUGGUCUGUCCCACCUGCUCUGUCGUCACUCGCAAGACCGUCCACGGACUGAAGAAGCACAUGGAGAUCUGUCAGAAGCUGCGGGAUGCUCUCAAAUGUCAGCAGUGUCACAAACAGUUCCGAUCAAAAGCUGGACUCAAUUACCACAGCAUGGCCGACCACAUUAAGCCCUCGGCGAGCGAAAAUGUGUCUGAGGAGGAGCAGGAGGAGAGAGAGAGGCUACGCUGUGUCCUCAAACAGAUGGGCCGAAUCAAAUGUCCCAGUGAGGGCUGUUCAGCUCAUUUCUCCAGUCUGAUGGGUUAUCAGUAUCAUCAGAAACGCUGUGGCAGAGAGCUGCCAGACGGACAGAAGCCUGUCUUCCUGUGCCAGCACUGUGGUAAGACGUAUCGCUCAAAAGCCGGCCGUGACUACCACCUGCGCACCGAGCACCCCGUCACAGCCCCGUCCACACACUCGCUCACGUCUGAGGACUGCGAUCAAGAAGACAGUAAAGAUGAGGACGAUGUGCUGGAGGAUGAAGAAGAGGAGGAGGAGGAUGAGGAGGAGGAGGAGGAGGAAGAGGAAGAAGAAGAAGAGGAGGAACACGUCCAAAUAAAGAGCAGAGACAAGGCAAAGGAGAGGGCGGAUGAGCUGGGGGAUAAGAUGGAGGACAGGAAGUGGGAGAAAACAGAGGUGGAGGAGCUGCUAGAUUUGGAGAGGACGCCCAGCGGCAGGGUGCGCCGGCGCUCGGCUCAGGUGGCAGUGUUUCACCUGCAGGAGAUCGCAGAGGACGAGCUGGCCAAAGACUGGGGCACCAAACGACGCAUCAAAGACGACCUCGUACCAGACAUCAAGAGGCUCAACUAUACACGACCAGGUCUCCCAAACUUUAGCCCUGAAACUGUGAACAGCUGGAAGAACGAGGUGAAGGAAAAAGGAUUUAUCUGCUGCCCCAAUUGUAACUGCGAGGCGAUCUACUCAAGCGUUUCUGGACUUAAAGCGCACUUGGCGAGCUGUAACAAGGGAAGGGGCGAUGUUGGAAAGUACACGUGUUUGCUCUGUCAGAAGGAGUUUAACUCUGAGAGCGGAGUGAAGUACCAUAUCAGCAAGACACACUCUCAGAACUGGUUUCGGGCGUCUACCAACGAGGUGACCAACAACAAGAAAAAAGAGCCAGAGAGCAAUGGCUUACAGAAGGACAUGAAAAAUGUAGUGCCUGGCAAGAGGAGGGGACGAAAGCCCAAAGAGCACCACCUGGUGACAGCCCCCUUCCCAGCAGAGACUCAGAGCUACAGCCCCGCUCCAGCUCCGCUUCCUCCCCAGACCGCAAUCCCAGCCCCAGAAAGCCAGAGCCCUGCGCCCAACCCCGUCAUCAACGCCCCGACCACACCCCCUGCCCCAGUGGACAGUGGGAAUCCAGCCCAAGCCAGAGACACACAGCCCCCCAUAAAAAAACGAGGCAAAACUAAGAAAGCGUCGACCGCUGAGUAACGCGGCUUUCAGUCCGUCAACGCCAGAAGGGAUGCUUUCCGAACUACUCCGGAUAAAACUUUAGUCAAUUCGGUCACAGAAAUUGAAGGAUGGCACAGAAGAACGAGCUCGGAAAGACGAACGGCAGAACGAGGGAUGAAAAACAGCAAACGAUUUGCUCUUGUAUUGAUUUCACACUGAUCUUUGUGUUUUUUAAGCUGAGUAUAUACAUUAUGUGUGUGCUUGUGUAUACUGAUAUAUAUUACUCCUGUUGGUUUUUCAUUCCAUUUUUAUAGUUUGUUUUAAUAAGUUGAUCACUCUAAAGGAGUCAAUUGCAUUUAAGCUCCCGGUUGAUAUAUAUGGUAUAUAUAUAUAUAAAUAUAUAUAUAUAUACAUAGGCCUUUAUGGAAGCAUUUUUUAGAGCAGAAGUUACAUUUCUACAUCAUUUUGGGGUAGUCAUGUCAUGUCUGGUGGUUUCACGUGUUUGAACAUUUUUAUUUUUUAAGAAUAUCGAUCUCAUUCAGUUAGCAUGACGAGCUAAUUUACCGCUAACAUUUUAUCACGGUUAUACUCCGCUGUGUGUAUAUAAUAUCUAUAUCUAUAUAUGAAUAUAUUCAAAGCAAUUCAUUUUCGUCCAUCGGUUUCAAACAAGGUGUGUCAAAAAAAAAAAGUCGGUCAUCGUUUCGGUUGCUUUUCCUCGGGUGUGUUUGGGAUCGUUUCGUCAGUGGCAGCUGAAUGGAGGGUCGGGUUUAGAUGGACGGCUGUUGUAACAGUGCGCUACUGUGCAAUAGUGUCGCUUUCGUGGUUUCUUGUCCCGUCUCUUGCUCGGAAUCGUGAGAGGUCUAAGCGCGUAGCCUUGCGUAACUCCUCAUCCCGCGUCCCUUUGGGCUGUUUGCAGUAGUUUGUAGUUCGCUGCAGUCGACCUGGAGGUCUUUGUUAAAACCUUUAACCGCUUUGAAAUUUGGUAGUGCUGUGUGCUUUCAUUUUUUAUUUGUCCGAUUGUUUUUUUUUUUUAUGGGACUAAGAGCUCGCGGUGCUUAAUGUAGAAGGAGUACACAGUGCAGACGAUUGGAGAGAUUCGAAUCAGUGAUAGUAAAUGACUACAAAUGUUUUGGCGGGAGAAAUGGAAAUCCUCCAAAGCGUACGAACGCCCUUUGACAUCUGUGAUGUCAUCAGCCCUAAAGUUUUAAAGACGCAAGGAGAUUUUAACUCGAGCGCCGCGUGCUUGAGAGGACACACGCGUCCAUCUAGCGCGUGUUUACGUAGAAAGCCGAUGGAAAAGCUGCAGUGGAACGCAAAAAUGCAUCCUGUGUAGAACAGCCCCCCCCCGUGACUGAAAAAUUAAAACAGAAUCUCGCAAAACCUCACGAGAAUUAUUUCACCUCAAAAUCAAAGGGGGAGAAAAAUUAUUCUGUUUGACUAAAAGAAAGUGGAGCUUUUUUAUGAUUGUUCAUUUUUGUCUGCGUUGCAACAUUUUUAUGACAGCUAAGCACAUUUAUAAAAGCGUACGUACAUACAUAAAUGAGGUAAUUGCAUAUUGCUGCAAUUCUGACUUUUUUCACCGUUAUGGAUAAGAAUGAUGAGAUGUAAACAUGCCCCUGCAAGAGAGUCAGAAUUGUGAAUUCAUAAUUGCCUUUUUUAAAUAGUGUCAUUUAAAUUAAUUCAUAGAGUUUAUAAGAGUUUUUUUUCCAGAUCUGCUCGUUUAUGUCUUGUUGUUUCAUUAUCAUCAUCACUAUUAUUAUUGUUGUUAUUAUUAGCAUUAUUAAGCAGGCUUCCAAAAAACUCUUAUGUCCCACAAUUUUAAUUUCAGGUUUUUUUUGAGAAGCAUUAUAAUUUAUAGGUUAUGGUAGUAUGUGUUGUACUGCCUAAGGGAUCACUUUAAUUUAUUAUUACAUUUUACAAAAAAACGUCUGCAGUAAUGAUUUAUGCGCUAUAAGGCAAUCUUAACGAUGCUAAAAUUAGACUUUUAUAGACAAAAAUGUUAUACUUUGAGACCAAUAUUUCACCCCCCGUGAUUUCAGGGUGAAAUGUUUCCGUGUUUUUUUGUCGGAUUCACCCGUUCCUUUCACUUUGGAUAGGAGCGCGAGCGGUGUGCGUGGAAUGCACUUAAAGACCUCAGUGACUGUAUGCAAUAGUGAGAGUGUUUUGGGUGCACGAGCACGCUGUGUGAAGCAUUGAAGAGCACAAUCAGACUGGUCGCUGCAGGCUUUACCCCAACGUCUCCGAAUCAGUGAGCGUCUGUCCCCAAACCAACGUGACGUCCGAAUGGUCCUGCACAUGCUGACUCCCAAGCUUCUGACUGAGGCCUGUUUGAGAAAAACGCCGGUAUUGCACUUUAACCCCUCCUCCCCCUCCCUCCUUAUCUUGCACUUUGCAGGCACUGUUAGGCUUCCGUUCUCCAACCUCAAACGAGCGGCUCUGUGUUGUGAGACCUCGGGUCGGUUUCCGCUACAUAAAUCCACCGCACGAGGGAAAACCCAAUCGCGGACGGGGGCACCCCGAACGCCGGCCAUGUGAUCCGUGCGAUGCGCUGCGAGGGAAGCCCGUCCUCCGUUCCCCUAAUUUAGAAAGCAAAUCUAUGUCAAAUAUGAAACGGAAAUUAUGUUCGAAGCCAUAACGGUCCCCUUGAAGGUGACUUAUGGAAGCAGUGCGUCUUUUUAUUCUUCCUCGGUUUGUACAAAAGAUUAUAGAUUGAAAAAAUAUAUCAUUUGCAACGUAAAUUAUGCGUUCCAAACCCUAAUAAUUCUAACUGAGGUACUUGAAAUCAUGAAAAAGAAAUUGCCAUAAAAUUAUUAACAUAAAGGUCACAAAUGGUGAAAAAAAAAAAAGGAUAAAUUAUUAAAAAUAUAUUUAUCUAAUGAGACAAAAAUAAUAAGCUCAAAGUUGCAUAUUUUAUACUAUUACUUGUAAAUGUGAUCUUAAUCUCAUAGUUACUUAAGAAGUCUAGGGUUGGUAUGUCGUGGUUUUAGGCAAAAGGUGCUAGUAGCCAAUCUACCUUAAGGAAUGUUGCGCAUGAAAUUGUGAAGCAGUUAUAGUCUACCUUUCCGUGGAGUUCCACAUUUCUGACAUCAAAUACUGUAGCAGUUCUCGUUUUAACCGUCAUGCAUCGAUGGCACUUAAAAACGUGGCGUCCGUCACACACAGAUCCCCCUACUGCACUGUAAAUGGUUGGCUUUUAAAAAGGAGAAUCUCACAAAACCCUUAAGAACAAGUAUAUUUGAUUUUAUCCAAACCUGGGGAUCAUAAAUGUUUUUUUUUUUUUUUUAUUCAACCGUAAAUGCAAAAACAACAGUUGCCGAAAAAGCAUUUUUUAAACGACUAGAUAUAUUUUAAAAUAACUGUGUUUCAUGUUUCAAAUUAAUGAUUAAUUAUUCAUUUUUAACGUUUGUUAAUUUUUGUGCUUUCAAACGAUUAACUGCGAUUAAUUCAAAAUAAAAAUCCAAAAUAAAAGUUUUUGUUUAAAUUAUAUGUGUGUGUGUACUGUGUCUAUUUAUUAUGUAUAUAUAAAGACGCAUGAAACAUA